AAAUUGGCGCACCCCAUUUUGGGUUCUUUUUGCCAAAAUGUUUCUUUCUACUACUACCCUUUUUUAAUUUUCAUAUCAUCAUUUCUACAAAGUUUGCGUCUCUAAACUUAAAAAGCCUUAUUAACCUGUAUUUAUAGGCCCUCCAUGUGUACAUAACUUUUAGGAUGUAGUGUAUGUUUGUUUACCCCUUGAAAACUUGUGGCUGCUAUAAAUAUUGUGGUAAGGUACUUCGACAUUCCCUUCCACCUUCGUUUUUAUCCUCGUCUUUGUUGCGUGAGAGAGAGGAGAUCAUGGGAAAUUGCCAAGCCAUUGAUACAGCAACUCUAGUGAUACAGCAACCCAAUGGGAAAGCAGAAAGGUUGUAUUGGCCUGUAAGUGCUAGUGAAGUGAUGAAGACGAACCCGGGUCACUAUGUUGCUCUUCUUAUCUCCACCACAUUGUGCCCAACCAAGAACAAUGAAAAUUGCCCGAAUAAGAGUGACAAUAACACCAACCCUGUUCGCUUUACCCGCAUCAAGCUUCUCAAGCCAACGGAUACCCUUGUGCUUGGUCAAGUUUAUAGACUAAUCUCAGCUCAAGAGGUUAUGAAGGGUCUUUGGGCAAAGAAACAAGCAAAGAUGAAGAGAAACUUGUCAGAACCAGCGCAAAAGUUAAAUCAGAUGAAGGAAAGGACGGACAAAGCAGCAAGGAGGUUUGAGCCUGAGGACAACCAGGAAACCAAACCCGAAAGACAUGGGUCAAGGACAGCAGCAACUAAUGCUGCUAGUGCCACAGCUAAGUCAAGAACAUGGCAACCCUCUUUACAAAGUAUCUCAGAGGCAACUAGCUGAUUCGUGUUUUCAAUCUUACCCACAUGUGAUGUGAGAGACAGAGGAGCAAUUGAACACUCAAACCACGAAAAACAAAUCCUCUUCAUGAUUGCUUAGAUCUGUGGAAAUUAAUUUAAAUAUAGUACAUUCAGGGAAGCCAGACACAACUGAGAGAUGAUAAAAUUCCCUUCGGUUGAGCAACUGGGUUCAUGCAUAAUAAUUGUGUAUAGUAAAGGUUGACAUAUUGGACAUCAAUUAAUGUACUCAGAUAUUACUUUCCAGU